UUGGGAGUGACGCGGAUACGAGAGCUACUUUGUCCCUCUGUUUCCUUCGCUAUGAAAAAUAUUUGGACCAAGUAGAACAACGGCUGCCAGCACAUGUUGAUUGGUUAAUUAUGAAGACGGUUCACAUCCGUUGUGAGGAAAAGAACCGCCAGCGGAUCGCUCUGGUGUUUAGUUACUAAUUGAUCAAGUCGGGAUUGUGUUUGUUUGCGGGCCGUCCGUCCACCGAGCUGCUGCUGGUGCGGCGGCUGGGAUAACUUUGGAAGAAGUUCUUUGUAUUCAGGAAACAGUUUGGCAAAGAACAUGGACUGGGGCACCGAACUUUGGGGAGCCUAAAGUGGAGCAUUGCAAAGAGGAGGGAAAGGAGGUUUUGGCCUCAUUACAGUCUCCCCCUGGGAUCAAUAUGACAUCAUAGAGAAGCACACACAGUCCGGCCUGGAGCUGGUGGAGAAAUAUGUGAAGUUUGUGAAGGAAAGGACUGAGAUCGAGCAAAGUUAUGCCAAACAACUGAGAAAUCUGUCAAAGAAGUAUAACCAAAAACGAAGCAGCAAAGAUGAGCCUGACUGCAGGCUAUCCAGCUACCAGUCUUUUUUGGACAUCCUGAAUGAGAUGAACGACUAUGCGGGGCAGAGAGAGCUAAUAGCCGAGAACAUGAUCAUGAACAUUUGCAUUGAUCUCACCAAGUACCUGCAGGAGCUCAAGCAGGAGCGAAAGACGUAUCUAUUGGAGGCCAAGAAGGCCCAGCAGUGUUUGGAGAGCACCUACAAGCAGCUCGACAGUAGUAAAAAGCGCUUUGAGAGGGAAUGGAGAGAAGCAGAACGUGCAGCACAGUAUGCAGAGAAGACAGAUCAAGACAUCAAUGCCACAAAAGCUGAUGUUGAAAAAGCCAAACAGCAGGCUCAUAUGAGAGCGCGCGUAGCUGAGGAGUGCAAGAACGACUAUGCUUCUCACCUUCAAAAGUACAACAAAGAGCAGAGCCAGUUCUAUUUUAACGACAUGCCAGUUAUUUUCAAUAAAUUACAGAAUUUGGAUGAGAGGCGAAUACAGAAGUUAGCACAAGGCUACAUCUUGUUCUCGGACACAGAAAAGCAUGUGAUGCCCAUCAUUAGCAAGUGCCUGGAAGGCAUUACUAAAGCUGGCACUAAUGUUAAUGAGAAAAAUGACACCAUGGUUGUAAUAGAGCAGAAUAAGUCGGGAUUUGAGCGUCCUGGAGACGUAGAGUUUGAAGACUACAGCCAGGGCAUCAAUCGAGCCUCUUCUGACAGCAGCCUCGGUACACCUAAAGGCCAUAUGGACAUUCUGGGGAAGAACAAGAGUAAAAACCUUUGGCUUUUCAAGAGGAGUAAGCUCUCCUCCACCUCCACACACACUCCUUUCUCCACACCCCCUGCCCCUUUACCUCCUAAUGGAGCCCCUUCCCUCAAGUUUGGCCGGGACCCUCUGUCGUACUGUUUGAAGGAGAUCAAUAAGACAGUCAAACCCAGAAUCUCUUCCUUCCGGACACUCAGGAGAUCGAAAUUUACCUCAGAGAGGAGCAUGCCUACCGUGAUGGAGGACUUUGGCCAUCUCCCCCCAGAGCAACGCAGGAAGAGGUUACAACAGAAACUAGAGGAAAUUUCUAAAGAAUUGCAGAAGGAAGCAGAUCAGAGCGAGGCGCUCGGAAAGAUGAAAGAUGUUUAUGAGAAAAAUCCUCAAAUGGGAGAUCCAGCUAGUCUUGCAACCCAGAUCAGUCAGACAUCUCAGAAUAUAGAGCGGCUCAGAGGAGAACUUAACAAGUAUGAGACUUGGCUGUCUGAAGCAGGUGUUCGAGGGGACGCACUACGAUAUAGAGCGCAUUCAUUUAACAAUAAUGGAGCUCAUGAAGUGCUUAGCCCUGAUGCUGCUCAUUCUGAUGAAAGUACUCCUGAUCCCUCUCAAGCUAUUUAUGCUGAGUUUGAUGAUGACUUUGAGGAUGAAGAGAGAGCCGCUCCUAUUGGGAAAUGCACAGCGAUGUAUAACUUCCCUGGUGCAAGUGAAGGGACUAUUUCGAUGGAGGAAGGGGAAGUACUUGCUGUAGUGGAAGAAGAUAAAGGAGACGGCUGGACCCGGGUUCGAAGACACAAUGGAGAUGAAGGCUACAUACCUACAUCUUAUGUCACCAUCACACUGAACAAAUGAGGGAAGAAAGACAAAAUCAGGUUAACAUUUCAAACCUUCUUCCUCCUCUGGUGGAAACAAACAUGUCAUCAAUGGGCAGGACUAUUCAAAAGUGCUAUUUUUUACGAGAGGGGCACCAUAUACAUGCAGAUCACAGUGCUGUGAUUCCAUUUACCCACUACAUAAACAACAAGGUUAUUUCACUUUAUCCUUAGUAUAAUUUCCCAGUACCAUUCUUGCUCACAUCUAUGGCCAGAUAUUUCUUAUUAACACUUGCGUUGGUUAGGAGAAAGUUUACCUCCUUCAUUUUUCAUUUGCCUCAACAAUGUCAGCUUAGAUUGGUAAUGUCACUUGAGUUUGUCCACUCAAGAUUUUGGAGCGAGAAUGUUUCAUAUCAACUUUCAGCAAAUUGUCUCCUGUCAGGGUGAAAAAAACCAUUAUUAUACACAAACUGUUAAAUGUUCAGACAAUCACAUCCAUAUCGUCAUUUAAUUUCAGACAUUUAUCAGUAGUAAAGAAAAUACAGCAGACGUCAUUUUCUUACAACAGCUGAUAGAAACCUGCUGCUGUUUUUUUAAUAGAUAAUGUGCUAGAGAUAAUUUAUUUCAAGUGCGUGUGAAUAAAAAUGUCUAUAUUUGAAAACAAAAAAGUACUUUGUAUUUAGGAGGUUCUGAUGUUGCUUUUUUUCUCCUUGCACAAAGAGUGGGACAGACUGUUGCCACAAAAGGGAGGAAAAAUUGCACACACAAAAAAAUGUUACAUUAAGAAUAUUGUAUUUAUAUAAUAUAUAUAUUUUAGCUAUCACAACACCACUAUUGUCUUAUUAGCGUUUUAACCAUUCAAAUAAAGGUUGUUUUGUUAUUAAAAGAAAAACAGUAAGUUUUGAAGUUUGUUACUUAUAAUGCUCGCAAGAUGAUCCAUGUUUUUUCCUAUAGCGAGGAUUUGUAUCUAUCUGUUUAAUACUUAUGUGUCUUUGGUGCCUUUCUGGUUGAAGCAUUGUGUACAUAACUUUUGUUAUUGUUGUUUUUUUUCAAUACUUAAUAAUUGUAAAACACAUUUCAACAGUAGAAGUCAUUAUGUUCACUUUAAACUUGAAAAAUAAACUAGUGAAACAAGCACUAA